AUGGCAGUAUUAGGACAGCCGCUGUUCCUUACGCUUGAUAUUCUGUUUUUUCUCGGGUCCGAACGAUGGAUAAUUAUGUUAUGUUCGAUAAAGGCGAGGAACUUGCGGCUGAGCUCCAAGGGAUGCGAUAUGCGCGUACGCCAAAUGUUCGCCGACCUUGUACUCGUCCUUGUACAAUCAUCAACAAUGCCAAUGCCAAGCUUGGACUCGAGUUCACAGGCCGACAAAUUGAUACAUGUCAAGGGAGGUGCCAAGUGUAUAAGGGUGCUUCAUAUCGUUCUGAAAAACGAAUACAAGGGCAGUGCAGUUACUUGUCUUGCUCCCUACGUCUUGGCACUGGAAUCCUGGGUUACGAAAACACUUCACGCCAACGCUAGGACCAAGAUCAAGAAGGAAGGGAUUGUCGAGAUACUCAACUUGACAGACACCUUGCUUUUUUCCAUCAUGAUUGACCUAUUGGUUCUCCCUCCUCUGGCGGAGUAUUUCACCAAUCUUACACUGUUAGAUGACUUGGUGACCUCCAUGAUAAAUGAAGACGAGGACGAAACUUCUGCGUGCACGAAUGUAGGAUCAUCGAGUGCCGAAGUUGCAGAGAGAAUGAAAAUACACAAGGAGGAACAUCUGCGCACUAGACCAUGGGAGGAGGACCGUUCUCUUAAGCGCUGCGUUUUCGCGCUCAUGGUGAAGUACUUGCCUGAGUGA